GCGCAUUUGAAAUUUCAAUUUCACCGUAAAAAAAGGACAGCUCAUAGAGGUACUCAUUUUUCACUAAUUAGUCCAAACUGGAAGAUUAAGCAAAAGAAACCAAGUCAUAGAAAGGGGAAGAUAAUGUGGCCCAUCAAUUCAUCUCCAAAAGUCCAGAACGCGUUUUGUGGGGCCCAAAGAACUCUCCCUCCGGCCUCCUCCCUAACCCAAACUCAGAACCGUUUCCAUCUCCCGACCGUACAGCAGUGUGUACCUCCUUUUCUCCUCCCUCCGCAAUCUUCCCGUCCGGUCCCUUUUCCUUCCCACAAAACCUUCGCCGUUUGGCCGCUACCCAACCGAAACAAGAAAGAUAACCAAAAGCACAGACGACGAUUAGGAAGAUAAUCGAAGAAGGUGCCUGGAUACGGCCAAAAUCCGAAUAUGGCUAACGAAGCUCCCACAUAGGCCACACCCACCACCAUGAAAAAUCAGAGAGAGAUAGAUACCCUUGAAUGAAUGUCCUUGCUCCUGACUCUCUCUCCUAUUUAGGAGAGUAAUUUGGAUUCUAGCCUUGGUUUGGUAUUUUGCCGUUUUCCUGCUCCUUUUUUACCUUCCUCUAGCUUUAUUGUUCUCGGGGGGUGUAUAAAAAUUAGGCAGAGCGAUGUAGAUGAUGAACCUCUGUUUCCACUCUCUACUGUUCUUUCUUCUUCUGGGUUCUAUUUGAUUUUGAUGGUAAUUGGUUUGAUCGGUGCUCCGUCUCUUGUCAGCGAGUUGUUGCUCUGCCCCUGUUUUUUCCGUCGCUGUGGUUUGGUGUAGUUUUGGGUGGGGUGGAGGAAGAGUGAAAACGAUGUCGCAGAAGAGACAACCACCUGAAGAAGGAGGGAAGGCUCGUGCUGAGGGGAAUUCUAGUCCUGAUGAGAAGAGGAGAAGAUUUAAUCUCAGAAAUGUAGUGCAAGAAGCAAUGAAGAUGCGUGCACUGGAGUGUGUUAUGGAGCCAUUAAUUCGUAAAGUGGUGAAAGAGGAAAUUGAAGUGGCUCUCAAAAAACAUUUGGUCAGCAUUGCUUGGAGCAAUGGAAAUGAGAGAGGCUCUUCUGAAUCAAGAUGCUUAAAGCUGCACUUCUCAAAUAAUCUCUCUCUUCCAGUUUUUACUUCAGCUCGUAUUGAAGGAGAUGAUCCUCCAGCUUUACAAGUAGUUUUGAUUGACAAUCAAACUGGGAACAUUGUUAACUCGGGCCCUGAAGCUUAUGCGAGGGUGGAAAUUUUGGUUCUUGAAGGUGAUUUUGAUAGUGAAGAGGGAGAUAAUUGGACACCAGAAGAAUUCAAGAACAACAUUGUAAAAGAGCGUGAAGGGAAGAAGCCUCUUCUCUCGGGAGACGUGCUUUUAAAUCUUAAAGAUGGGGUUGCAUUGGUUGGUGAUAUUUCAUUUACAGAUAAUUCAAGUUGGACUAGAAGUAGAAAAUUCAGAAUUGGAGCUAGAGCUCUGGACAACUUCCAUGGAAUUAGAAUAAAAGAAGCAAAGACGGAAUCCUUCAUUGUCAGAGAUCACCGAGGAGAAUUAUACAAGAAGCAUCAUCCUCCUGCUCUAUCUGAUGAGGUAUGGAGACUGGAAAAGAUUGGGAAAGAUGGAGCUUUUCACAAGCGUUUGUGUCGGGAGAAUAUUAGUACAGUGAAGGAUUUCCUCACACAACUUUCUAUAAACCCUCCAAAGCUGCGGCAUAUCCUUGGUACAGGUAUGUCUGCCAAAAUGUGGGAAGUUACAGUGGAGCAUGCUCAGACAUGUGUGCUUGAUAACAGAGUAUAUUUGUACUUCUCUUCUGGUGGCCAACUAAAAACUGCUGUGGUCUUCAAUCUUGUCGGACAAGUUAGAGGAGUGCUAUCAGAAUUCCAGUAUCUUUCUAUCGACAAUAUGUCUGAAACUGAGAAGGCUGAUGCUCAAAAGUCGGUGAUUGCUGCAUUUGAGCACUGGGAUGAAGUCAUAUCUUGUGAGGACGAGAGCUGUCUUAUGGCUGGCUCUUCACACUUUAAUACCACCCCUUAUAUUUCAAGCUCAUCAAGAACAGAUAAUUCUAAUGUGGAUGCACCAAAGGUGGGAGUGUUUGAUUGCUUGCAACCAAAUUCAGGAUGUUCCCCUGAUAUAGCAUCAUCCAUGUACUCUGUUGGUGGUGUUGGUAACCCGGAAGACUAUGGUUUCCCGGGUAUUGAAAACAUGGGCCUAACAUAUGAGCAGACUUUGAGUUUCGCUAGCCAAGUUGCAAACCCUCUCAUCCAUGAUGCAGUAGAUUCAAUAACUCAAGCUCUCUGUGAUUAUGAUGAUGAUGAUCAUCUCCGAUUCUUUGAUACCGAUCUUCAGUCCCAGAACCUCUGCUUGGGAGCACAAGCAGACUUACAGAGUGCAGUGGAUGGAUUUUUGUUGUCACGUUCGACUACCGCUGUUGCUAUUGGUAGUAAAGCUCAGAGGAGAUGGGCGAAGGUGUCUAGUGUGCUGAGAUGGUUUUCGAUCAGGAAGCUUGUUGCUAGAAGGAAUCGUGUUCGAGAUAUUCAUGAUUCACUGGAUGUUAGAAAGAUGGUUACUAGGUAAUAGGCUUGUAGCUAGCUGCUUUUGUAAAACUGGUAAUAGUCAAGUAAGUCACUGCUUCCCUAAGUGAAGGUUUUUGUGUGAAGUUUGUAGAGUGACAGACACAAUGGAUUUAAAUGUUUUGUGUUGAGUUGUAUAUUUGCUCUCAAAUCUCGUUACUUCUGGCCUAGGCUUCCUUGUAAACAAUACAACAAAUGAUAAGACCUUUGAAAACUAGCUUACCGAUUGACUUCUGCAUGACUGUCUUGAGGGUUCGUUAUCCUCUGUGACUUGUUAUUGCAUUGGAGUGCCACUUUGUACCCAGUUCCAUAUCCAAAAGAUUGAAAGUUAUUGUUGCAGAGCAGAGUGAAAAAAUCCACAGAGAAAUCC